AGCCCAUGUGAUGCAUGUGAGGGGGCACGCUGACAUUUCGAGAGGAAAAAAAAAAAAAUAACAAAAAAUAAUACCCAGAGACCCACGGGGAGCUUUGAAGUGCCUGAGCCAGAAAAGAGAGCAAGAGAGACAGACAGACAGACAGACAGACAUCAGUACGGAGAAGAGGAACCGAGUCGGGCAGGGGGGCAAAUUCUCGGGGCAGGAGAGAGGAUGUGAGCGCAGCGCUGGCACGGAGCCGGGAAGGAUGCGAUGGCCGCUGGCACCGAAAGCGGAGCAGCGAUUUUUAGCCACCGAAAUGGAGCGGGGACGGCAGCGGGGAGCGGCGGGGACGGCAGCGUGGUGGCAGCUGAGCGCUGUGCGGGAUCGGUGACACCGCGGCGGUUCCUCUCCAUCGCGCCGAUGUGACGCGGCGGUGCCGAGCGGUGGCUGCGCGGUGCUGCUCGAGAUUUUGGAGCCGUCUCCCGGUUCCUCCCUGCCCGGGUGUCACCAUGCUUCCUCGCUGGGCGAAGCAUCCCUCGGGCGCUUCCCCUCGGCUGCGGGAGCAGAACAGAGCCUCGGAGCCCGGGGACCGCAGGCUGACAUCGCUGCUCGUGGAUCCCGACAGGACCAGCGCCCACAUGAUCUCGGCCGACGAUGCCGAGUACCCGCGGGAGUACCGCACUUUGGGCAACGGCACACGGCGCUUCUCCAACGUAGGGUUGGUGCACACCUCGGAGCGCCGGCACACCGUCAUCGCCGCCCAGAGCCUCGAGGCCCUCACCGGCCUCCAGAAGUCGGAGAUGGAACGCAAACGGGACGCCUUCAUGGACCACCUGAAGAAUAAAUACCCGCAGCACGCGCUGGCGCUAGCGCGGGCAGCAGGAGCGCAUGCGGGAUCAGCGCCGGGCUGCGCGCUCCCACGCGCACACACCCGGCGCGCUCCCGUUCGCUCGCGCUCCGUCUCCGUCUCCCAUGCGUGGCCGGGCCUGAGCCGGCGGCGGACGGCAAGGAGCGAUCGGAGGGAGCGAACGGCGGAGCAGGAUGGGGAAUACACCCUCUCAAGGCAUGUCACUCUCACUAUGUGCAUCCAUUCUUAA